GUUUUGUCCGAGUGUGCUUCUAUAUCUCGCAAGCGUCAUUCCGGGAAUAUAUUUACUUGAGUUGCAACUUUAUGAGAACCGGAUCGAGUAUCGGGACGAACAGGGAUGGGAGGAAUGUACCAGUGACAUCAUGAUCAAUAGUAGUGGCGUGCAAUUAUCGGAAAUUAGCGGCGUAACAAUUCCAUUAACGCUAAGUGAAAGUGACUGGGUUCUGGCACUGGAACAAGUUCUAUUGUGUCUUCUAGUACUGGGGCGAUGGCUUCUCCCAAAAGGCGCGCUGACACGUGACCAGUUGUCGCAACUUCUUUUGGUAUACAUCGGCAUGGCAGCUGAUAUUCUUGAGUUCUCCAUUGAAAAUCUGAAAGAGGACAACGUGAAGUGUAACGCCAUCUUGAUUUACAUGAUCCUCGGACUAUGGGCUUGGAGUCUUCUACAGUUUACUCUAGUCCUAACGUCUGUCAGUGGAGCUAAGGUGCGAAUGUUCAAGAAAACGAAACGGAUGUACCAUUGCCGCGCGUGUAUCUGCUGCGAGAAUGAGAUCUGGGCAUUAUCCAUCAGCUUGAUAAUGCAGGAUGGCCCCUUCCUUGCCAUGAGACUCUACCUCCUCAUCCACCACCAAGUCGUCAACCAGAUGAUGAUAUUUUUCACGUGCAAAAAUAUGCUAGUUAUAAUGUUACAGGCGUAUAGAAUUCUGAUUGUCUGCAGUGAUACGAACACUGUUGAGCCGUCGGAAGUGUCUGGAGAGGCUGUUGAGGUGAUGGAAGACACUAGCGCUCCAGACAAAGGUCCUCACAGUGGUGACACGGUGGCCUUGGCUCUAGAUGUUAAGGAAAAAUAAGUAAAACGGAAAAGAGAACUACCACCAAUUUCAAGCGAUUUUUAAAGAAAAUGUAAAGUAUAUUAAUUACAAUGAAUUACUACCGAAAUUAAGGUUAAUAUUUAUAAUGUACAUAGGUCUACUAUUAUUUUGCAUAAAUUAUGUUAGGAUAGGCAUUGUAAAUUUCUCAAUUUACCUAAUAAAAACAUAGUUUUAAACAUA